AUGCGAAAAACGACACUCAGUCGUCUUAAAGUAUUAUUAAUUGAUGAAGUGGAUGUUUUUCUCAGUGAAAAAUUUUAUGGUGGAAUGUAUACACCAUCAGUAUUUUUAAAGGAUCCAAAAAUCAAGAGUUUAUUAGAUACAAUAUGGCAUAAUAGACAAUUACGUACAUUAAAUGCUGUUAAGGAGACACCUGCUUAUAAAGCUUGUAAAAAUCGAUUUAGUAAUUGGACUUUUCUUUUGGAUGAAGCCGUUAAAGGUAUGGUGGAUGCGUUACAAUCGUAUCAAUCAUCAACAUAUAGUGUUAAAAAUGAUCGAAUUGUUUACAUAGAAGGUGAAUCUCUUGCUGAAAAUGUUGUUCGUGGUUACGAUACUGUUUGGGCAUAUUAUCAUGAGAAACAAAAAGGUUUUAUUAGUGAGAAAAGUUUAGAGACGAAUGUAGGUAUUAUUAUUAGUUGUGGUACAUUUUCUUAUGCACAUAUGCCAAAAGACUUUGGCUAUAUCACAGGUGUCUCGGGUACUUUGAGAACUCUAGCAGAAGCUGAAAAGAACAUUCUUCAUGGUGUGUAUGGUAUAGUGAAGAGUACAUUUAUGCCAUCAGUUUUUGGUAAAAGUAAUCGUAAUUAUAAUCCGAUGAACGAUGUUGAAGCAGCAGAAAAAUCCGAAUAUUUUACAAGAAUUCGAGGGGAAAUUGAUACUAUGUGUAAUGCUCAACGUGCUAUACUCAUCUUUUUUGAUUCAGAAAAAAGUUUAUUAGAAUUUUACAAUUCUGAUGUAUUAUCAUCGAUCAAACAAUCUGUACAACUGAUAACUGAAAGAGUGUCAGCUAAAGAAAGAGAAACAUAUAUUAAACGUGCAGCUACUGAUGGUAAAGUAACAUUAUUAACGCGAACAUUUGGUCGAGGUACUGAUUUCAUUUGUCGAAAUCAACAAGUCUUGGCUAAUGGUGGCAUUCAUGUAUUACAAACGUUCUUUUCGAAAGAAUUAUCUGAACAAUAUCAAAUUAUGGGUAGAGGAGCUCGACAAGGAGAUAGAGGUUCAUAUCGAAUAAUUUUGUUAGAAAAUGAUUUAGAAUGGGUUCUUGGUGGUGAUUGGGAGAAUGAAGUUAAAAAGAAAAAAGGCUCGACUCUUUAUGCAGCGUUAGAUGAAGAGCGUAGAAAACUCUAUGAAAUUAAAUGUGCUGGAAAAAAAUACGGCAUAGUACAAUGUGAACCUGCUCAUAAUGAUUCGAAAGGUUUUCUUGAUGGAUUAAUUGCAGGAGAUAUUGACAUAGCUAAGAAAUUUUUACUUGAACAAAAUCGUGGACCUAAUAUAGAUUCAGGUAUUUCUCGUACAGUUUUGUUGAUGGAUGCGACAGGUUCAAUGUCCAGUCUAUUAUCUGCUACAAAAGAUACAGUUUGUACAAUGUUUGAACGUGCUUCAGCUAUAUUAAGAGAAAAAAAACUACCAAGCGAUAUAUUUUCUAUGCAAUUUGCCGUAUAUCGAAACUAUAACUCAGACGAAAAAAAGAUUUUAGAAGCUUCUGCUUGGGAAACAAAAGGUAGUAGUUUAAGAACAUUUAUGAAUACAAUCGAUUCAGAAGGUGGAUGGGGACAUGAAGCGAUUGAAAUAGGAUUACAGCAUGCCGCUAAGGAAAGUGACACAGCAGAAUCAAUUUCACAAGUGAUUUUGAUUGGAGAUGCCGGAACAAAUACCAGGUCAGAGGUAGCUUCAAAACGAGCGGAAUAUGGCGAGAGCUAUUGGAAGAAUAGCAGAUUUUCUAAACCGACCUAUUACCAAGAUGAAUUACAAAAACUAAAAGAUAAAAAUAUUCCGAUUCAUACAUUCUAUUUAACUGAGUCUGCUAAAGAUGAUUUUCAAGAAAUUGCAAAAGAGACACACGGACGAUGUGAACCACUCGAUAUUCGUUCUAGUGCAGGUGUCGCAGCAUUGACUAAUUAUGUUACUGAAGAAGUUCUUAGGAAAGCAGCCGGAAGUCAAGGAGAUGAUGCUGUAAAGUUAUAUAGAGCUAAAUAUGGUAAAACCAGUUUUACGUCAUAG